AUGUCUGGCUACGAGCCAUGGUCGACGUCUUCGAGGCUCGUCACUGGAGGCGCUCUUGCCCAAAUGUCUACGUUCAGCAAAGACAGUCUCAAUUUUCAGCAUCUUGUGAAGAUUGAGCAUGAAGAUGCAUUCAAGCUCACUCCUCUCACCAUUACCGAAGGCUCCUUCGCGGGUCGUCAUGUUCUUAUGCUCGAGCCAGUGACCGAUCAUUUCCGCUUCCUGGAUUUGCCUCCUGAGAUCCGCAAUCUGAUAUAUGAUGAGCUGCUUCGGGAGCACCGUCCGGUCAGGAUUGCCACUUACAAGGCCAAAGGUCGUGCUCGACGAGCGGUCAGAAGCACUCUGCACCAAAGCCAUCCUGGGCUGACUUGGAAUUCCAAAUUUGGUACAUGGACAGGUCAAGCUUCGAGCGCACAUGUGAUUUUACAAGUCAACAAGCAGAUGCUAGCAGAGGCAGCACCAAUCGCGUACGGCAGCAAUGUGUUCCAGCUCGACGACCAUCGGGGCCUUCGAGACUUUCUGGAAGGAAUCGGAAGCAUGCGAGCGCAUCUCAAGCAGAUCAGACUCCUUUCGCCCAUCUACUACAGCACAGUCGCAAUUACAGCUUUGCACAAACUGAAAGACGCAAAAGGUCUGGCUAGUCUGGAGUUCCCCAGAAAUAUGCUCAGCGACAAUGUUCAUGCUUACAAAGGAAUCACUCCACAAGGCCUCUUUAAUGAUUGCAAACAGCUUCUGAAGGUGCUUUGCAAUCAUCGGAAAAAGCAAAAGGACGGCUUCAACGAGCUGCUUGAGAUCAUCAAGAUUACGCCUGGUGUGCUGUCGAUCUGUGAAAAGGCUCGGCGGGGCGAGGCUUGCGAUUGCGGCAGCAUUAUGAAGGAAGAUGGCUGCAAGAAUGUGAUGGCCGACGUGGAGAGAUGGAAUGCUAAGCUGCGCAAUAUGAUGGCGGAGGAAUUUGGCAUAGGAACGAAGCAACCAUGUCCAACGAUGAAGCAUACAUGA